GUCGGGCCGGGCCGCUGUGUGCGGGGCUCGGCAGGCACCACCGCUCUGGGCACUAUGGCUAAUAUAAAGACAGAAGAUGAAAUAAUCCUUUUUGAAAGAGAAAUGAAAGAGUUUUGGACCAAAUUAAAAAGCAUUUAUGGCACUGAACAGAUCAGUCAGACUUUAGCACUGAGAGAUUCGUGCAAGGAGUCCAUAAAAGCGCUUUCAGAGAAAUGGUCCAAGAAGCUGAAAGAAGGGGACCUGAUGAUUGAUAAAAUUCAGGAGUAUAGCAAUGAGAUUCUCCAGCAGAGCCAACGCAUAUCAGAAAAUCAAGAGCAUUUGACAGAAAUAAAAUCUAACCUAAAUCAAGAAGAAGAGCAAAAGAAGGGCUUGACUGACAGCAUCCAAGAGCUUAAAGAAGAGUUGAUGAAGAAAAAGGAAAUAAUAUCUUCUAAAAACAAAGCCGCUAAGGAGAGAGCGGAACGACUGUGCAAGUCUAAAGUAUUGUUUGAAGAGCGCCUUGGAUUGGAGAUACGCAGAAUUCACAAUGAACAAUUACAGUUUAUAUUCAGACACAUUGACCACAAAGAUCCUGACAAACCAUAUGUGUUUACCCUUUCCAUAAACGAACAUGGAGAUUAUGAAGUGACUUCCUGUACUCCUCCUCUGGACUGUAUAGCAGAGUUCCAGCUCAAAGUGAGAGAAACUAACAAUUUUUCUGCAUUUGUUGCCAACAUCAGAAAAGCUUUCACUGCUUUAUCUUAUAAAUAGUCUGAAUAAAACUAGCUUAUACCUCUCUAGCUGUAGAGCACUCUUUUCUUUCCUUCCUGUAUUGUAAAUGUAUGUGUUUAUCCAUGUCUUACUCUAAUUUCUAAAUAAAGAAAAAUAAUGAAAACAGUAUUUUAGUCCACUGUCACUAGAGACAUUUUGGAUCAUUCUUUGAACAAUAUAAUCAACUAAUUCCUUAACUGAAUGUCUCCAGACAUGUAAAUUUUGAUCCAGUAGCAAGUAGCUUAAUGAUGUCAUGAUCUCUAUUUAGCUACCCCAGGAAGAUAUUCAAAAUAAAGUACUUCCUGUAAUUUAUGUCUCUCUUCCAAAAACAUAAAGUGUCUUUCAGGUUUGUAUGUGGUUGGAAUAGGCCUGAAACCUACCAAAAUAAUGCACUGGAGCUUAGCAAUUACUUCAGUUCCCUGUGUCACAGGUCACUAUCUUAAUUUUUACCCUGUCUUGUACUCUCCAGUGUCAUCGCUCAUUUUCAUGCAUGUAAAUUGUUUUUCUUUUGGUCUGUUAAACUAUAUAUUUUACUGCCUAUUUCAGAUUCUUGUCUGGAUGCCUAUUUCUGUUGUUAGUAACAAAACCAUUUGACCUGCAUGCUAUUCUUGAAUAAAGCUCUUAAUAGGAGCAAGUAGGAACUUUGUAUUGAUGUGAUGAGAAAUCCUAGAGACCUGAAAUAGAACCCUGCUGUAGCCUAGAGGUUCCUGGCUCCCAAAACACCCAGCUGGGCAGAAAAGCUGGCCUGAAACUUGAACUGCAGUGGUGAAUGAGUAACACUCAUACGAUUACCAGCCUUAGUGUUUUAUUGGGUAUGUUUUAGAACAGACUAGUCAUUCUGCUUUAUUACAUAAAGCAUGUUGCAAUGAAGGACUAUUUAUCAUUGUCAUUGGAAGUCUUAAGAAAUGGCAAAGCCUGAAGUACAAUGUAUUAAAGUAUGAAAUAUAGUAGUUACAGAUAAAUCAUCUGUGUAUCUUGCAGCUUAUCAAGAAGACUAUUAUUGCCACAGCUUUGAUUAAAAGUAUUCUUUUUCUAUCUUA